CCGGCUGUACCAUGGCCGCUGCUCAUUGCCAGGAGCUGGAGGAGAAGCUGCUGUGUGCCAUCUGCCUGGACAUGUUCAGCGAGCCGGUCACCAUCUCCUGCGGCCACACCUUUUGCCUGCGCUGCCUCCGGGCUCACUGGGACAGGCAGAGCCCUGCUGGCCCCUUCGACUGCCCGAACUGCCGCAAGCUGUUCCCGCAGCGGCCCGAGCCCCUGGCCAGGAACCCGCUGCUGGAGGAAGUGGUCAAUUACCUGAGAGUGCGGAGCCCCGAGACCCCCCUGUCCCCGGCAGCACAGUCCGGCAGCUGCCCCCAUCACCGCAGAGCCCUGGAGUUAUACUGCAGCACCGACCGCCAGUGCAUCUGCUCGGUCUGUACCACCGGCAAACAUAAAGGCCAUGACCUGAUCACUGUGGAGGAUGCCAGGCUGCAGAGAGAGAAGGAACUUAUGGCAAAGCAUGAGGAGGUGAGGCGACAAGUGAAGAAGACAGAAGAGUUAAUCGAUACACUCAAACAGCAGAAGAUUUCCGUGAAGGACUGUGCUUCUCGGACACAAAAAAACUACGGCAACAAGUUUGAGAUGUUGAGGAAGGAGCUGGAGCAGGUGCAGGAUAAAGUGUUGCGGUACAUUGAGAACGAAGAGCAGCUCGUUGUGGAGCAGACUGACAGUGCUCUGGAGAAACUGGAGCGGAAGUCUGCUGACCUGAAGGAGAUCAGCCUGAAGCUGGUGACCACGCUCAAGAGUAAUGACGCUCUGCAGAUCUUACAGUUCCCUCAGGAGAUUCACUCCUUGAAUAAGACACAACAGGACAUAGUGCUGCCUCCCUUGGACCUGGCGAUAGAGAACAAGCUACAAGGAGUGAAAAGGGCCUUGGAGCAGAUUUCCAUCCUGACUUACGAGGACCUACAGGACUGCUUCAGGCCACCGCCAGAAUCACUGGAUGUUUCAGAGUCCGUUUCGACUGACAAGCACGAUCCUGUGAAACCUCUCAAACCGCAGCCACUCCGAGCGAAUUUGCACAUCAGAGCACCAUUCCUGCAGAGUUACUGUCAGCUGACUUUUGAUGUCAACACAGCACACCGAUUCCUCUCUCUCUCUAAAGGCUGCCGCCGAGUAUCCCACAAGGAGACGCAGACGUACCCGGUCCACACUGAGCGAUUCGAGAAGGACUGGCAGGUGAUGUGCCGUGAGAGUUUCAACAGUGGCCAACAUUACUGGGAGGUGCUGAUCAGCAGCCAGUGGGUCUACCUGGGAGUCACUUACAGAAGAAUCAGCAGGCAGGAUGCUUCUGCCUUGAUUGGCAGGAACAGUGUCUCCUGGGCCCUGCAACUCUUCAACAAGAGCUAUUCAGCAUGGCAUGACAAUCAGGAAGUCAAACUGCGGCCAGCAACCUACAGUCGGAUUGGGAUCCACCUGGACUACACUGCUGGGAUCCUGAGGUUUUACGGCAUCACCGAUACCAUGACUCUGAUCCACACUUUUCAGUCAGUCUUUACCGAGCCACUGUAUCCUAUCGUUUGGGUGGGAGAGAAUGUUGUUGUAACAUUUUGCCAGCCUCCAUAAUGAUAGAGGCUCCUUUUCAGACAUAGCAGAGUACAGUCUUGGGAAAGAAAGUCUGGCAUUUAUACUGUGCCCUUCAUGAUCACAGGAUUUCCCAAAGCAUUUCACAGCCAACAAAGACCUUUCACAUGCAGGACAAAGGCGGCGAAGCACAGGAAGAUCCCAGAAAUAGCUGCAUGAUACUGUCAGAUAGCUUACAUUUGUGACUUCAGGGGUCUAAAUUGGCUCUCACAUCCUCUGCUUUUUUAAAUUGAACCUGUGCGAUCCUGGGUGUCAAUGGUGAGAGGGGGGAGUUCAUGCUCAAGUCCUGUGUAGGUGCGAUGUGAUUACUUUUGGCUUAUUUAUUUGUGUUAUGUUAGUGGGGCUGUUGUGAGGGGUGUUCUGGGGGGAGGUGUUCCCUGGACCUUCUGAUCAAUUUGACACUGAAGAAAUGAGAUAAAGUAACAGUAAACCAGUUUGUGGUGAAUGAAUAAGUCAAAUGCUAGCACACGAUUUUCUUUUAGCCAUGCCAAGACUUGGUUUGGGAUCUUCCACAAAAAGAAAAUUGACAGGAAUGUGCCGUAAAACGCAAACUUGCAACUGGAAAGAUUUGAGAAGUAAACUAUCCAGAUUUCCAUGGCUAUGCAUAAAGCUGACUAAGUCACCACCUUGUUUCAGUCAUCCGCAUUUGCUUCAGUUGUAGUACUGAAGGUUCUACUUAUGUGACCCUUGGAUUGGAUACUAGCUGGGAGGCAAUCAGUCUGGUUGAUAUGUCAACUCAUAAUGGAGGCAUAGAAUCAUACAGCACAGAAGCAGACACUUUGGUCUAACCAGUCGAUGCCAACCAUAAUCCCAAAUUAAACUAGUCCCACCUGCCUGUGCCUGGCCCAUAUCCCUCCAAACUUUUCCUAUUCAUGAACUUAUCCAAAUGUCUUUUAAACUUUGUAACUGUACCCACAUCCACCACUUCCUCUGGAAGUUCAUUCCCCACUCAAACCACUCUCUGUGUAAAAAAGAUUGCCCCUCAUAUGGGGUGGUACAGUGGCUCAGUGGUUAGCACUGUUGCCUCACAGCACCAUGGACCUGUGUUCAAUUUCCACUUUGGGUGACUGUGUGGAGUUUGUGCUUUCUCCCCGUGUCUGCAUGGGUUUCCUCCCACAGUCCAAAGAUCUGCAGGUCAGGUGAAUUGGCCAUGCUAAGUUGCCCAUAGUGUCAGGUGCAUUAGUCAGAGGGAAAUGAGUCUGGGUGGGUUGCUGUUCAGAGGGUCGGUGUGGAUUUGUUGGGCUGAAGGGCCUGUUUCCCCACUGAAGGAAAUGUAAUCUAGUAUUUUUUUUAAAUCUUUCGCUUCUCACUUAGUAUGCGUCCUAAUCUUGAAAUCUCCCACCCUAGGGAAAAGACACUUGUCAUUCACAUUAUCUGUACACCUCAUUAUUUUACAAACCUCGAUAAAGUCAUCCUUCAACUGCCUACACUCCAGUGAAAAAAAGCCCCAGCAGAGAGAUGCCAUUUUCAGGACACUGUGAGGAUACAGGUUUAUAGCCAGAGUAGAAGGUCAGUGUAAGCAAGUUGUUGUAGUUAAAGGUUGUGAAGAAUCCAGAUGACAGAAAAAAUGAGGAGGGUCUUGUUAUUUUUUCCUUGCAAUCAAAUGAAGCAAAUGAUGUGUAUCCAUAACUCCUGCUCUCUGUGUUCACACACUAAUAAACCUAAUGAUCCGUAUCCAGUA